AGUUUUCUAUCGGGUUGGGCAGGAAGGGAAGUACAAAAACGCUUUUCGUGUAUCGUUACCGUGAAUUUCUGAAAUGGAUUUUCGCUGUCUGGUGGUUGUCGGGGGGGGAGAGUUUUCUAUCGGGUUGGGCAGGAACGAAACUACAAAAACGCUUUUCGUGUAUCCUUACCUUGAAUUUCUGAAAUGGAUUUUCGCCGUCUGGUGGUUGUCGGGGGGAGAGUUUUCUAUCGGGUUGGGCAGGAAGGGAAGUACAAAAACGCUUUUCGUGUAUCGUUACCGUGAAUUUCUGAAAUGGAUUUUCGCUGUCUGGUGGUUGUCCGGGGGAGAGUUUUCUAUCGGGUUGGGCAGGAAGGGAAGUACAAAAACGCUUUUCGUGUAUCGUUACCGUGAAUUUCUGAAAUGGAUUUUCGCUGUCUGGUGGUUGUCGGGGGGAGAGUUUUCUAUCGGGUUGGACAGGAACGAAACUACAAAAACGCUUUUCGUGUAUCCUUACCUUGAAUUUCUGAAAUGGAUUUUCGCCGUCUGGUGGUUGUCGGGGGGAGAGUUUUCUAUCGGGUUGGACAGGAACGAAACUACAAAAACGCUUUUCGUGUAUCGUUACCGUGAAUUUCUGAAAUGGAUUUUCGCCGUCUGGUGGUUGUCGGGGGGAGAGUUUUCUAUCGGGUUGGACAGGAACCGAAGUACAAAAACGCUUUUCGUGUAUGGUUACCUUGAAUUUCUGAAAUGGAUUUUCGCCGUCUGGUGGUUGUCGGGGAGAGAGUUUUCUAUCGGGUUGGACAGGAACCGAAGUACAAAAACGCUUUUCGUGUAUCGUUACCCUGAAUUUCUGAAAUGGAUUUUCGCCGUCUGGUGGUUGUCGGGGGGAGAGUUUUCUAUCGGGUUGGGCAGGAAGGGAAGUACAAAAACGCUUUUCGUGUAUGGUUACCGUGAAUUUCUGAAAUGGAUUUUCGCCGUCUGGUGGUUGUCGGGGGGAGAGUUUUCUAUCGGGUUGGGCAGGAAGGGAAGUACAAAAACGCUUUUCGUGUAUCGUUACCGUGAAUUUCUGAAAUGGAUUUUCGCCGUCUGGUGGUUGUCGGGGGAGAGUUUUCUAUCGGGUUGGGCAGGAAGGGAAGUACAAAAACGCUUUUCGUGUAUCGUUACCGUGAAUUUCUGAAAUGGAUUUUCGCUGUCUGGUGGUUGUCGGGGGGGAGAGUUUUCUAUCGGGUUGGGCAGGAAGGGAAGUACAAAAACGCUUUUCGUGUAUCGUUACCGUGAAUUUCUGAAAUGGAUUUUCGCCGUCUGGUGGUUGUCGGGGGGAGAGUUUUCUAUCGGGUUGGGCAGGAAGGGAAGUACAAAAACGCUUUUCGUGUAUCGUUACCGUGAAUUUCUGAAAUGGAUUUUCGCUGUCUGGUGGUUGUCCGGGGGAGAGUUUUCUAUCGGGUUGGGCAGGAAGGGAAGUACAAAAACGCUUUUCGUGUAUCGUUACCGUGAAUUUCUGAAAUGGAUUUUCGCUGUCUGGUGGUUGUCGGGGGGGAGAGUUUUCUAUCGGGUUGGGCAGGAAGGGAAGUACAAAAACGCUUUUCGUGUAUCGUUACCGUGAAUUUCUGAAAUGGAUUUUCGCUGUCUGGUGGUUGUCCGGGGGAGAGUUUUCUAUCGGGUUGGACAGGAAAGACGGUGAAAAAACGUAUCUUUUUUUUCCUGUGUAUCACACGAAGACACAUGAAACCACGGGCGAGAGCGGCGGGAGUGGACCGCCCCUCCCCCAUCCCGAGUGGCGCCGCAUCCCCACCUGCAGACUCGCCGUUAUUCAUGUCUUCUCCUCCGCGCAACUCACGACCCUCACCGGCUUAAAUUGGUGGCCGGAGCUCCGCCUCGGGCUGCGAUUCCUUCGUCACGCCUCCUUCCUCUCUCACGGCUCCUCCUCCGGGACAGCGACCAAGGCUCCGCCGACUCCAGUCCUUCGCCCAGGGCUGUCAAACUGAAGACCCGCGGGGGCCCCCAUGUGAAACGGCGAAUGAGCGGCCCCCGAGGCCUCUGCCGGCGCAAACGGAGCUUGGGAGGGUGGCACUCGGAGAGGCCGUUUUCUCUGGCAGAGGGAGGGCGAGCAAAAACAAAGCAAAAAGCAAAGAAAAAGCAAAAAGGAGAAAUAUUUCUUUGCAUUUGAGCAUCCAAGAAGGGCCAGAAAAGGAGAAAAGGGGAGGAGGAAAGAAAAAUUAAAAGAAGGAAAGAGAGGAAGAGAGCAAGGAAGGGUUGCCCCCCCACGCGCCCCCCUUUGCCUUCAGCCUCAGUCCUUCCUACUUCUGCGACUUCUGCGCCUUGGAGUCCAUGGGGCGCAAAGGGGACGGAGGUCCCCCACCCUGACUUGCAAAAGCGCCCUCAGCUCCGUUUCUCCUGGUCCCGAGUGGCAGAGGAGGAAGGGAAAAAACGGGAAGUCCCAGAAGAGAAGGGCAUCUACGCGGCACAGCCUUUGGCUUCAGCUUCUGCUUUUGCUCCGGGAUGGUCGCCCUCUGGGCAGCUCUGCCAGCCCGUCCACGGGAGCCCUGAAGCGGUGCGAGGAGAGAAGCAGGAGCGGCCCAGAAUAUACUGUAGGGCAGUUCACCAGAUAGGGCUGCCCAGACGGUAGUAAUGAGGAUUUUGGGAACUUCUGCUUAUAUCCCUCGCACUGUAUAUCCUUACCGUGUAUGUCUCACAUGGAACUUCGCCGUCUAGCGGUUGGGGGGGGGAGGGUUUUCUAUGGUAUGCAAAAUAACGAACCAGACAAACGUACAGAUAUUUAAGAAUAUAUCCUUGCCGUGUGUUUUUCACAUCGGUCGUCGCCUCUAGUGGUUGCUCUCUUCCCGGCGUGCAGGAGAUCUGCGGUUGGGCCACCGCAUGGGAUAACUGGCCAAAUACCCCGGUUUCCUGGUCCGACGACAAUCAAUGGGCCACAUAUACGGGUAUCAUAUAUACGCUCUAAUCAUCCGUUAAGAUCCCAUCGUUACUUUGCAAAGAGAUCUGGGAACAGGGAGUCUUGGGAGUCUAUUGGCUCUUGAAAGGUUCUUUGUAGGGCAGCUUUGCUGGAACUCUCUGGGGUUCAGCUGUCAAAACUGUCUCCUGUCUGUUCCUUCACAGAUCAAGAGGGAGCUUUGCUUCCUUGGAACUUCCGUGUUCUCUUUCUCUGUCCAUGGUGGAUCCAGAGAGGCAGCAUAUUUUAUUCUGCUCUUGAACUGCUCACCGCUUGGUGGUUAAGGUAGUUCCAGGAAGUGGCCCUCUCCAGCCUUGAUGUCUGUUUGCAGCAGAAUGAUCCACCAUCGCCCACCCCUCCGUCUCUCCACCCCGUCCUUCUGGCUUCUCACAGGUCUUCAUGCCCAGAUCCAGCUGGUGCCUGAGGAGGUUUCUUCAGGACUCUCCCGGACCCUCCACGGAACAAAGAGCAAAGAGUCUUUAUCAGCAGAGACUCAGCAAAAGGCCGGCCACCUUCAUACUUUCCUCUCUGAGCAGUUUCAUAUACAGGUCGUCCUUGAAUAAGGACUAAGUCAAUGACUGCCUUAGUGACCAUUCAAAGUUUCAAUGGCACUGAAAAAAGGGAAUUACGACUUACAGCAGUUGCAGGGUCCUCGUGGUCUCCUGAUGAAAAUUCAGAUGCUUGAAAAUGGACUCAAAUUUAUGACGGUUGGGGCACCCUGUGGUUUCCAGGAGCCAAGGAAAUGCGGGAGGCAGAUUCACUGAACAACCAUGUUACUGAGGGGACCUCUUGGAUGAGAAGCAAGAAAAGCCCAGUUGCCUCUUGAAAAAGCACCUUUGGGACAACCCUCACCUGGAUGGCUGGGAGUCUCUGGAGACACUGAACCAUGUUCCUAUCCUGACAACGGCAGUGAUUCACUUAACAACCGUGGCAAGAAAGAGUAAAACUCAUUUAGCAACAAAAUUUUGGGCUCAGUUUUGGUCAUACGUGGAGGACUACUUGGACACAAGAAAUUGACAUGCAUUUACUCCAAUGGGUUUUUAUAGCCUCCCAAAAUGAGCCAUGCAGCGAUGCUCAGGGCUGCCUGAUUUUGCACUGUAAAAGUCCAGAGCAUUUAUAACUGGAGUCCCCUCGGCUUUGAUUUUGCUAUUGGAAAUUCUUUUCACCUGAAAAAUGGGAUUCUUUUUAUAAGUCAGUUGAGUUGCUUAGGAUUUAACUGAGCUCAGGGCUUCCAUCCGCAGGAAAUACUAAUUGAGUAUAUUUUCAUAUUGAGAUUUCCUUUUACUUCAAAUAUGAAUGUAUGACAAUUGAAGUAUACGAAGAAAGACAUUGACUACAAAAUAUAAUAAAUUUAUAUUCAUAUUUGAUUAUACUUGUAGAAUAUGAUGAAUGAAUAAAUUUGUAUUUACUCCUUUAUAACUGUAGGAAACUUUUUAAAAUAUCAAAUCACAGACUCAGGAUUAUCAUGGGGCAGAUUGUAUGGGGCAGACUCUUUGGGGGAACAAAUUUUCAGCAAUAGUUCAAUUAAAUAUUUUUAAAAAAUUAA